AUGAUAAGUAAUAAAAGAAAAGAAAUCGAUACUAUUGAUGGACAUCAUGAAAAAGACAAUGAUGAUGAUGAUAGUGAUGGCAUUGAUAAUGGUUUAUUAACUUAUAAAAAGUUUAAAAAAGAUUUUGACAGUGGUUCAACAAAUUACAGAGAAUUACAAAUAAUUGCAAAAUCAUUAGGUUUAGCAAGUAAUGGUAAAAAACAAUUAGUCUAUAAUAGAAUUGAAGGUUAUUUUUUAUCAAAAAAAGUAAAAAACAAUCUUACAAAUAAUGAAACCAAUCAACAAGAAGAAAAAAAAGAAGAGGAACAACAACAACCACAACCACAAGAAAAACAAUAUAUAUUAACAUUUAAAGAUGUUGAACCAGUUGAAAAUUAUUUUUGGAAAGUUUUUAGAAAUAUAGUAAUAUUUAAACACAUAUUUUCAAAUUUUAAAAAUAAACAAUAUGGUUAUUAUGAUUUAAUAGGUUGUGAUCGUUCCUAUUUAAAUGACACAAGUAAUUCAAUGGAAAUAAUUAUAGAUAAUAUUAAAAGUAAUAAUAAUCAUCAAAUAAUAAGAAAUAAAAUCAAUAUUGCCAAUAUUAUUCAUAAAUUUAAAAAAAAUGAUGAAAAAACAAAAUCAUUUUAUAAUUUAUUAUUUUCAAGAUAUUCAUCAACAUCAACUUCUUCAACUAUUCAAUUCGAUGAAAAUAUUGAUAAAUGGAUUCAGGCAAUGAUUGGACAUGUAAAUUUUACAGCACUAGAUCAAUUUAUUAAAUUUUUUAAAAUCGAUUCAGAAGUUAUUAAAAAAGUUAUGAAAAUUCAUAUUGACCCAUCGGUUUUUGGUAAUACUACAUAUGAUAAAUUAAAAAUUUACAAUUACUUAAAAUCAAUUAAUAGUCUUCCAACAUCACAUACAUUAUUGCCAUUCAUUAGCACCGAUUUAUCAAAAUUUCUUUCAUUCGAUAAUAAAUUUAAAAAACUAAUAAAAUCAUAUAAAAGAUUAAUAGAAUCAACAAACUUACAAGAACGAAUGGAACAACAAAAACAAAAAGAAAAAAUCAAAAUACAUCCUAGUAAUAUAAAGUAUUAUGAAAAAUUAAAUCAAAUAAUUUUAGAAUUAAAUGAAAUACAAACAUCACAAUUUACAAAUGAUCAAUUAAAUUCAACAAUUAAAAAUCUAUUAAAUCAUACCACUCCAACCUCAACCUCAACCUCAACACCCAAUUUAACAAUAACAUCUACAGCAAGUAAUAAUAUUAAUUUAAAAGAAAUUAUUAAAAAAUAUUAUAAAUCAAUUUGUUUAUUUUUCUAUUGCACAGUCAAUUCUGCAACUGAAAUGUUUUUUAGAAAACCAUUACUCUAUUAUUUAAAUUUUAAAAAAGAAAGUGUAGAUAAAAUGUAUGAGCGUGUUGUCAAUAAAUGGAAUGGUAGAAGUUUUGAUCAUCAAUUAUUUUUUCAAAGCAUAUUAAAAGAUAUAAACAUUGAAAAAAAUGAAAAAUUCGAAUUAAUAUCAAAUGUUUUAGAUAAUAAAUAUGUGAAAACUUUUAAAGAAUAUGAUCAUUAUAUAUUUUUUAAAGCAGUAUUUUCAAGUAAUGAUAUAGAGCUAAUAGAUUAUUUUUUAAAAAUAUUAAUGCAACAACCUAAUAAAAUACAAAAAAUAACUAGAUAUCCUAACAUUGGUAAAUUAAUAGGCAAUUAUUGUAAUCUUAUCGAUAAAAAAGAAAUAUUAGACUUUUAUUUUCAAAAUUACAGAGACGAAUCUUUAUUAUUUGAUGAUCAAAAUGAAAUUUGGAAACAAAUUCAAUUAGAACUUAUUGAACAUUAUGAAUAUUUAAUGGAUAGUAUUGGGAAAAGAUGCAAAUUAGAUUUUACUCCUUGGUUUGAUCAAAAUUUUUUAGAUCGAUUAAAUAGAGCAAUUUUAAAACCAUCGGUAUAUUCAAUUGGUUUUGAUGGUUAUUUUGAUAUUGUUUUUGAAGGGCUAGUUGAUUUGAAUAUAAAAGAUAACAAAGAAAAUUCAAUUAUUAACUUUUUAUCAAAUGCACAAUUAAAACAUCCAUUGGAUUUGAAAUUUUUUGAAUCUAGUUUUAAUCCAUAUAAAGGCAAAAUGUUAACUUUUAUCAAGUUUUUAUUUAAUAAUAUUUCAAAAGAAUCAAUUGAAACAAAGUUAAAAGUAAUUAAUUUAAAAACUGAUAAUAAAAACUUUGAAGAAAUUAAAAGUAAAAUUGAACUCACAACUACAUUGACAGCCACAACUACAACAACCACAGCAAAUCUUUUAUCACCUAAAAAGAGUAAAGAUGUUGGAUGUUUAACUAUUGGUAAAACAGAAUCAUUCAAUUUUACAAUUUCAAUCAGAAUGUUAUUAGUUUGUCUUUACAAUUUAGAUAGAGUUGAUGAUAUUAUUUAUCUUUUUGAUAAAUUACCAGAGGUUUUAUUUAAUCCUGAUUAUUUUUCAAUUUUUACAAAUGAAUAUUGUAUAUAUGGUAUAUCGUCAAGUUAUUACCUUGAAUUAUUUAUCAAUUAUUUUAUUGAAAAUCUAAAUAAUAAUACAAUCAAUUAUCUUUAUAAUUGUCUCUGUAUUGCAUCUAAAAAAGGCUACACUCAAAUAUUUAAAAACAUAAUAUCAUCCGAUCAAAACAGUAAAUAUUUAUUAAAAAUUCAAACUAAAUCAAAUCAAUCAUCAUUAUUUGAUUCAAAAUUAUUAAAUGAUAUAGUUGUCAAAUCAAUAAAUUCAUCAAAUUUUGAAUUAUCAAAUCUAUUAAUAGAUUUUAUUGAUUUCUCUGCAAAAGAUAAAAAUUCUUUAAAAAUGAAAAUAUUAAAAUCAAAAUAA